AUGCAGAAAUUAAACGCACUUUUUGCAUCAGAGAAUAAUAAAAUCGAUGCAAGUGAAAUUGAUAUGAAAUAUUGGUGUCAACUUUUACUUUUCGCAGCGUCCUUGAAAAUCAGUUGUGGUGAACGACUAUCGGAUCAGAUCUAUCUAGAUUUGAUUGGUGGAAGGUACAGCUGCUUUCGAUUGUUGAAUGGAACACAUGAAAUUGGAUGUGGUUCUGCAGAGGAAGGAAACGAAGGUGUUGUCGUUUAUGCAAAUAAUGCUGAUGAGUUAAUCAACCUUAUAGCAGGUCUUGAUUCUGAAGAUCGCAUUAUCACAGCUUUCGAUAUAUUUCUUUUAAAUGAGGAAAUAAUCAGAGUAUUGAAGGACGAUAAAGUACGUGGUGUGCUUCUUUUACGCAAUGAGUCUUCUAUCAGCGACGUGAAACGACUUGAUGUCGGAUUUUCGGAAGAUGCCGUUUGCCCUAACGAACAAUUUGAUAUUAGUGGGAAAUGUGAAAAUCGCUGGAAUGAACACGGUGCACUGUUGCCGGAAGGUUUUCGAUUCAUCAAUUGGAAGAAACCAAUUUUUGUUAUUGAAAAUUACACUGAAAUUGACAUCAUCAGAAAUUUCUGUUAUGAAGCAUUCAACAAGAGGAAUUUGAGAGAAGAUGUACUUUGUUCGGCUCGCAUGAAGCAUUUCAUGCGAGCAGCGGGAAAUGCUCAAAUAUGUCUCCAACGCCAGAGGCUGUUUUACGGCUUUUCAGAUUCAUUGAUCUCUUUAUGUGACCCAUUGGCAGACAAAAAUUUGUUUGCAACAAUUCCAGCACUUACGAAAAAGUUCAAGCCGAAAAUCUUGAUUCUCUCCGCCAGAAUGGAUUCCUUCAGUUCGUUCACAGAAGCAGCUGUUGGUGAGGUGUCUGUUCUCACAUCACUCGUUAGUCUUCUAGCGGUUGCUAAAACGAUUGCAAAUCAUUCCACUGAAUUUGAAGCUGUAGCACAACGCAAUGGGAGGGCCGUCAUGUUUGCAUUUUUUCACGGAGAAUCGCUGGGUUAUAUCGGAAGUAGUGCCACAGUAAAUGACAUCAUAAAAGGCGAAUUUCCUCUAGAUAUCCGGUUAACAGAUAUCGAUAGCUUUAUUGAGGUGCAGCAGCUUGAUGGUUCAGAACCAAUGUUUUCUGCUCACAUCGAUUCAAAGGCUUACGAUACUCCUGAAAACAAACUGAAAGUGCAAACUUUGCUAGACGCAGCUAAAUCGUCCUUCAAGCAAAGUAAAAUAAAUAUCGAGAGGAGGACUGGAUUACCACCGUCUUCUUAUCAGUCAUUUUUGAAGGGAAAACGUGACAUAGCUGGUUUUGUUCUUCGGCCGUUUAGUCAACAAUAUAUUUAUAACCGGUUAAAUUCAUUGGAGGAUCAAAAUGUGUUCAAAAAUGGAAUUACCAAACUACAAACUCAAGUUGUUGCUGCUGCAAGUGUUGUUAUGAGGGCUGUAGCACGAUUUCUCACUGGUGGUAAUGAAACAGAACCUGAUUUAUUCAAUCAAUAUGAUAUAGAUGAACUAUAUGUAGCUGUUCUUCUGAAUUGCUUCUUGAAAUAUUCUGAUUGGCAUACGUGUAACUUUUUCAAAAGUAUCACAAAAGGCGACAGUCGGUUUGAACAUCAUUCAAAAGAAACGUACAUAUCGGUAGGAAGGGACAAUUACUCAUUAAUUCGCACUCUGAUGACUAUGUUAAUUGUUAAUGUUCUUGGAUCCAAGAAUGCUGUUAAUGUCCCCAGUCGUGCUCAAUGUGAGGAUUUAAAUAAACACGACAAGAUUUAUCAUUACACUUGGCAGUAUGAUCCAGAAGAUGAAAAAUUUAUAUGCUAUCGUAAUUUGCUAUAUACAACAGCUGCGGAAUCUCCGGCUUUCAAAUUAGACGGUUACAAUAUGCAUUCAGGAGUUUAUUCAACUUGGGUGGAAAGUGUUUGGACCACGAAACAACUGGAACUUUUCUUAACCAUACAUCCAUGUUUAACACAUGAUAUUACUGUGUUUUUAUACGGUUUGAUUUUUUUCAUCAUUUCACUGUUCGUAAUGGAACUGAUUUAUUUGGGAAACAAAGAAGCCAUCUAA